GGGGGGGUGGGAAGCCGGCGCUUGUGCUUGGCCCUGCCCGGGAAGCCUGCCUAGAGCUGUGCGGCUUUUUUGUGGGCUGCGUCGAGGCCGUUGCAGCGUUUGGAAGCGCAGCAGCAGGCAGGGAGGAGGGUUCCUGGGAGGGGAGCCCCGUGCGCCCCCGCCGGGCUCGGUCUCCCCUCUGCACCCCGCCUUGCGAGCCCGAUCUCGCGGCUCCUUUCUCACGGCCCCAUGUCCAGCCUCCAGCGGCCCGUGGCUGCUUCCACCCAGGCCCAGCCCGUCUCCUUGAGCGCGGAGCAAGCCAAAGUGGUCCUGGCAGAAGUGAUCAAGGCGUUCGGAGCACCAGAGAAUGCCCAGCGCCUGGAGGAGGCGAGGGAGAAUGCUGGCAACGACAUGGGCAAGAUGCUACAGUUCCUGCUGCCUGUGGCCACCCAGAUCCAGCAAGAUGUGAUCAAACCCUACGGCUUUAGUAACGACGGGGAAGGAGUCCUCAAAUUUGCCCGCUUGAUAAAAUCUUACGAAUCUCAGGACCCGGAGAUUGCCAGCAUGUCCAGGAAGCUGAAAUCCAUGUUUCUGCCUCCAAUGAUUCUCCCUCCGCAUGGGGCUGGAACAGGGGCUCUGGCUGCCUCCUGAAACUCCCAGGAGCCUCUCUGCCUUCCGUUACUGCCCUGGCAACCAUGGUCGUGACCUGGAAUUCGGGAUAUUCUUUCAGUGCUGUGAGAGAUGGCUUCGGUUUCCUUGUACAGGCUUAGUUCUGCCCUUUCUGCGAAUGUCUUUUGUGUGGGGCAAGAUAAAUAUCUCUCCCAUCUUUUUUUCCCCCCAGCCAAAGUUCUCUCUGUGCCAAAGUUCCCCAUGGUGGGAAGCCAUUUUAGGGGCACAUAAAAUGGAAGAAAGAGGAGGUAUUGCCGCGUUUCUACACAGACUCAUACUGAAAGCCUAAUAAAUGCUGAGACUUUAUAUACAUGCACACACACACACACGGAUAUAUAUAUAUGUGUGUAUUUUAUAACGUGGGUAAUGACUGGAUGUUAUGGGGGCGUCAGAAUUGCAAAGGUGUUUCCGCGCUGUUAAUAAACAGGAGUUCGGUGGCGCCUUUUAGGUUAGCACCAUUUCAGUAA